AUGUCCAGCAAACACUUCCUCCCCUCCCCCACCGACCUCGUCGCCUCCUCCCUGCACUCCCUCACCCUCACCAACCCGGGCCUCGCCCUCGACGCCGCCAACAAAAUCGUGUACCGCCGACCAGGGUACGGAACACUACCACCACCACCCCACCCACACCAGCACCAACAGCAGCAGCAGCAGCAGCAUCAACAGCGCGUCCACAUCAUCUCGGGCGGCGGCUCCGGCCACGAGCCGUCCUUCGCGGGGAUGGUCGGCCCGGGCCUGCUCAGCGCCGCCGUCGCGGGCACCAUCUUUGCGAGCCGCGCCACACACAAGGUGCGUGCGGCAAAUAUGGGCCGGGUGGGGGAAGGGAAUUCUUCUUCCUCCUCCUCCUCUUCCGGGAGAGAGGAGGGGGGCGGGGUGCUGGUCACGGUCAUGAACUACACGGGCGACGUGCUCAAUUUUGGGGUGGGCGUGGAGAAGGCGAGGGCGGCGGGGGUGCGGGUCGAGAUGGUGGUUGUGGGGGAUGAUGUUGGGGUGGGGAGGGCGAAGGCCGGGAAGGUUGGGCGGAGGGGGAUUGCCGGCACGGUGCUGGUGCAUAAGAUCAGUGGGGCGUUGGCUGCGCAGGGCAGGGCGUUGGAGGAGGUUGUCAAGGUGGCGCGGCUGGUGGCGGGGAAUUUGGUCAGUGUUGGGGCGAGUCUGGAGCAUGUCCAUGUGCCGGGGAGGGCGAAGCCUGAUGCCGGCUCGGCUGAGUAUCUGGGGGAUGGGGAGGUGGAGAUUGGGAUGGGGAUUCACAACGAGCCGGGCUCGAGUAAGGAGAUGGUUGCGCUGCCGGAGCUGGUGCGGAAGAUGCUGGCGCAGAUGCUGGACCAGAGCGACGAGGAUAGGGCGUUUGUGAACGUCAACUCGAACGAGGUGGUGCUGUUGGUGAAUAACCUGGGAGGCGUCAGCGUGCUGGAGAUGGGCGGCAUUGUGAGUGAAGUGGUGGCGCAGCUCGAGAAGAGUUACAAUAUCCGGCCGGUGCGCAUCCUCAGCGGGACCUUCAUGACCAGCCUCAACGGGCUGGGUUUUAGCAUCACGUUGCUGAACGUGGUCAACACCGACAUUGGCGGGCCCAGCAUGAUUGAGCUGCUCGACUACCCGUGUGAGGCCACGGGCUGGUCGUCCCCCAUCUCGAAACGGACGUGGGAGGAGAAGAACACGGCGACUCGGGAACAGGACAAGUCAGGGGGAGGUGACAUCAAGCCUAGUGGCCUGGAGAUGGACGGCGCAUCCGCACAACAGGCGCUCCGUCGGGCAUUGGAGGCGGUCGUGGCGGUUGAGCCAGAAGUCACACGCUACGACACUGUGGUGGGGGAUGGCGACUGCGGGAUUGGGUUGAAGAGGGGUGCCGAAGCCAUUCUAAGUCAUUUACAGUCACAUCCGCUGUCGGGAGACGCUGUGGUGGACUUGGCCAGCAUUGUACCCAUCGUGGAAAGGGAGAUGGACGGUACUUCAGGGGCUCUAUAUGCCAUUUUCCUUAACGCCCUCCUGGCCUCGUUGAGAUCCCAGGGCGAAGGUCCGGCAUCUCCCCAGGUCUGGGCGGUGGCGCUCAGGCAGAGCUGCGAGGCCCUCUCCAAGUACACGCCAGCUCGGCCGGGAGACCGCACCCUAGUGGAUGCUCUGUACCCCUUCGUCGACGUUCUUGAACAGACGGGCGACAUCAGGAAGUCAGCCGAGGCAGCUCAGAACGCGGCCGACGGCACCAAGGGUAUGAAGCCUAGUCUAGGCCGGACCGUGUACAUCGGCGGGUCUGGUUAUGAGCAGGUACCCGACCCGGGUGCAUGGGGACUUGCCAGUUUCUUUCUGGGUCUGGCGGGGAUUAAGAAGGUGGAUGAAGGGUGGGAGAAGCUGUGA